UCUCUCUGUUGUUUUAUGUGUGUUUACUUUCCUAACAAUCAAACCUACUUUUCUUCUUUCAUAAAUUCGUUUCCCAAAGUAAAGAGAAACUAGUCUCCCUUGGUUUUCAUUUCUUGAGCAGCAAUCUAAAGGUUUUGUUGGGUUGCAAUGGCUGACGACAAUAAUACUUCGGAGGUCAAAGAGAUAGAGAACUGUUCCCUUCCAGAGAUGUCUGAAGAAGGUUCUGUGGAAACUGUAGUUGUAAAGGACGUGGGACCUGUUGAAGAUGUUGUUAUAUCUGUGGCAUCCAAGGGUCAAGAAGAGUGUAUAUCAGAGACAAAUGAAGUGCCUGUGUCUAAGCCACCACGUGCGAACUCGAGUGGACACUCAACUGGAGCUACACGAGCAGGUAAACCGCAGGUUAAGUCCCGUUAUCGCGGUGAUCAUCAUGUGAGCUCAAUUCAUGAUCACUGUAAACAUGGGACACAUGGCAAGAGGUGUGAUCAACAUGAUGAUGCGGUGAAACCAUGGAAGGUGUUGAGGAGAAAGAGUGCUGAAGCCUCGGAGAGUACUGUAAAAGUUGAGACUUCAGGUCUGAGAAGGAAGCCGUUGGCAAGUGUGGCCAAACCAGAGAGCUCUGUGGCUGCAAAGAGAGAUGGUGAGAUGGCGACAUCUGCUGAUGGUUCAAGCGUUAAAAACAAUGAUAAAGCUAAGAAGAACAAAGGAACCAAGAGUACUCUAACUGGUUCAGAUUCUGCUGUAAAGAAGGUUUCAAGAAUCAGUGACGCUGAAAGUUCUAAGGUUUCUGCUCCAAAGAGUGUGAAGAACAAGGAGAAGGCAAAGACUCAGACAAUUAGCGGUGAAGAUGUAAAAGAGAAGACUGUGUGUGUUGUUGAAGCUAGCGUCAAAGGUGUUCAGAAUGAGAAGCAAAGUGGUGAUGCAGAGGUUGAGGCAGAUCAAACCCCUGAGAAGAAGACAAGGCCUAAGAGGAUGUCAGGUGUAAAGGUGAAUCCAUCUAACCAGCUGAGUUUCAAGAAAGGCAAGACUCUUGAACCAAAACCUGAGGACUCUUCUCCUAAAUGGAUCAAGUUCAGAAAGAAGGUUGUGCAGGAACUGAAACCUCAGACCGAAGGGAAGAAGAAGAAGCUGAAAGGUAUCGAGGCAAGAAGUGAUUCUUGUGAAGGAAGCAAACGUGAGAAAGUUGUUCUAAGGCAUCAAAAGGUAGAAGGGAAGAAGAAAAUGAUGACACUGUUCAACAAUGUGAUCGAGGAGACAAUGAAUAAGUUGACAAAGGUGAGGAAGACCAAAGUGAAAGCUCUUAUUGGUGCUUUUGAAACUGUAAUCUCUCUUCAGGACACUAAGACACCUCAGAGUAAGGCCACAACAUUUUCGUCUAAGGUUUAACAGUGAAACAAACAAAAACUUAUAUGUAUUUUGAAGUUGCAAAGCUUUCAAGUUUUUAUCUCUUUUCCAUAAUUAAAAAAAAAAUAAAACAGUUUGUUGUUUCCUA